UCGAGGCGGGCACCACCGGGGCUCACUUGGAACAUGCUGCUUGCUUUCCUGUGAUCGAGGAUAUAAACGGCUGGGCCGAUCAUCUGUGCAGUGCAUGCCUAACCGCCGCUGGUCUGGAUCCGCUGUCUGUCGAAGGAUACGUUGCCAUGUGCUGCCUCUGAUUGACCACGGUAUGUACAGUUGCACCCGUGGUUUUGUGGUCUCCAGGUGUGACUACAACUGCUAUGAAGGCUACCAGAUUGAGGGAGAUCGCUACCGGAUGUGCCAAGAAGAGGGAACAUGGAGCGGAACAGAACCGACGUGUGCAGAUCAUGACCCCCCCAAACUGAAAUGUCCUUUGUCCAGAGUGAAGGUGGCAGAACCAGGAAAAGUAACUGCCAUGGUUUCAUGGGAGUGUCCUGUUGCUAAAGAUACCGCUGACAAAAUACUACAGGUCUUGCGAAAUGGCCCGGAGUCUGGAUCCGACUUUCCUGAAGGAAUACAUUUAAUUCGAUAUACAGUCUCUGACCAGGCUCACAACACAGCCACAUGCAAAUUUACUGUGCAUGUUGAAGUGAGGCGAUGUCCAAAGCUAAAGCCGCCUAUGCAUGGCUAUCUGAUGUGCUCAUCUGAUGGUAAUAAUUAUGGGGCUGUAUGUGAAUACCAUUGUGAUCCUGGCUUCGAAAGGACAGGUUUUGCAACUCGUGUUUGUCAGCUAAACCGCAACUGGUCCGAUGAAGCAGCUCAGUGUAUAUUCAUGGACAUAAAAACAGACGUCAGGUCUGCUGGUGCUCUGCUUGACCAGUUUUAUGAAAAGAGAAGGCUUCUUGUUGUGUCUACUCCAGAUAUCACUAACCAGAAGCACAGGCUUCAGAAUAUAAUGCUACAGAAAGCUGAGUGUGGUCUGGAUCUGCGACAUGUGACAGUGAUCGAGAUUUUAGGAACUCCACCUCAUGCAAUAGGCCGCAUCAAAAGACAGCAACUAGAGCCUGAAGUCAUAGAGGGACUUAGACAGGCACUGCACAUAUCUACAUCGUAUUUCACCAUGGUGCUGCUGGAUGAGUAUGGUGUGGAUCGGGAGCGCUUUGUUAACCCCACCACCUCUGAUGAGCUCUACUCAUACUUAGAGGAGUAUCUCCUCACAGAGGAGCUAGAGAGACUGGCGAUGAACAGGGACUUCUGUGACUGACCACGGUCUGAUUAACUCCAGAUCUGAUGUUUUGGGUGGGAGUUUUUUUUUUUAUAGUGACAGGCACCUAAAGAGCCUGUUUCCAAGACAAACAAUCAUUUAAAAUGACAUAUUGCAGGAAUUACUAAGUUGGAAAUGUGAUUUAGUCUGGAACAGCUUUUAAUCUGCGGAAGUGGAAAACUGCCAGAUGGGGUUAUAUACAUAUUCCUAAAAAAAAAUAUUUUAACUAUCUAUAACUGAGUGUACAGCACACAAUGUGGAUUCUUAAAAAAAAAAAAGAUUUAUUAAAUGCUGGUACUUUCGUGUAGCUCAUAAAAAGAAGGUGUUCACAAUGAGGUCAAUCAGCAUUUUAACAUUAAAAUACAUUGUGUUAAAAAUCUACAUUUUCGUUUUACAUUAAGUGCACAUUUAAAA